UUAUAAAUAUGUCUUCUCAACCAAAGUUAGAAAAGUCAUGCUCAGAAACAAAACAAAUAAGAAGCGACAUAAAACAGUUAAAGAACGAUAUAGUAAGUAGCGCUUAUCAUUAUUGUAUUUACUAACUCUGUUCUUGUAGAUUGCAGAAGCAAAGAAAGAUCUCAAAAAGGUAAGAAGAAACAAGGAAUGGCAGAAAAGAUAUGUUUUUUUACAAGCUGAGUUAGGACAAGUCUAAUAGGUAGAUAGAUGUUUAAUAAAAAAAAAAUGAUGCUUAACACCUAAAUAAUGAACAGCAGCAAGCAAAAGUUAAAUCAACUAAAUACUGAGUUUAAAAAGCUAGCACAACUCCGCCUAAACCAAUCCCAUUCAUUACAAGAUCAAUGGGAAUCUUAUCAAACAGACACACGACAAUCGAGAAAAAAAGAUAUUGAAAAACGACAGGCCGAUUUUGACAAGGAGACCCAAAUGGACCAAAUAAAAAACGAGGAACCAAUCAAAAAGUCCGAGAUCUGCAGCAGAUUGAUCCAUGUCUUAAAAAAUCAAGAUAGCAUUCAAAUUGUAAAUCAAAACAGCGACAAUGGCGAUAUUGAUACUUCUGUUGUAAUUUUACCAAAUGAUAUUUUGGAGCUAUUUUGGUUUAUUGGUGUUAAUGAUAUUCCUGUUGUUCAGUCUGAAUUACCUCUUAUGAUUUCCCGCCUUGAAAGCUUAUUGAAAUAAAUUUUUUAUGAAUGAUGAGUGGAUGGUUUCAUAUUAAAAGUGAAACCUACUGAUCGUAAUUCUUUUUUAGCUUGUC